AAUAAUAAAGUAAAUAAAAAUGGCCGAUCUGAAAACUCUGGAACAUGCAACACUUAAAGUACCGUACGAAAUAUUGAAUAAAAAAUUUCGUGUAACUCAGAAAGUUAUUGAUCGGGAGGCCACAAAUGUUAAAUCUUAUUUGAGUGAACUUGAUCAGUUGUUAAAAACAACCCCUUCUUCAGAUAAUUUAAAUUCAAUUAUUGAAAAAUUAGUAACUUUUAAGAAAAAGGUCGAAGAAAGCAUUACAGAUGAAACUGAGGCAGCCCAAGUUUGUAAAGAUAGGUUAAGUCAUUUACAAGAAUAUGCCGAAUUAAAUAGUUUGAGUGCGGAAAAGUGGAGGAAACAACGACUUGAUAGGAUGCUUGUUGAAUAUUUCCUACGAGCUGGCUAUUAUGACUCUGCUAUAGAACUCGGGAAGAGUAGUGAUAUCGAACAUUUAACAAAUAUGGAACUUUUCAUCACAUCACGCAAAGUUGAAGAGUCUCUUAGUGCUAAGAAUACAGCGUUAUGCGUUGCCUGGUGUCAAGAUAAUAAAUCCAAGUUGAAGCGGAUGAAGAGCAAUUUGGAAUUUAAGAUCCGACAACAAGAAUACAUUGAAUUAGUGAAAGAAAAGAAAAUUCUAGAAGCUGUUAAACACGCAAGAAAUUUCCUGAGCUCUACAGACCCUGACAAAUUAACUGAUAUAAAGCAGUGCAUGGCUUUGCUUGCUUACUCGCCCGAUACAGAAUUGGAACCUUAUAGAAGUUUAUUUUCGGAAGAUAGAUGGAAGGAUUUAACAAAGCAAUUUAGAGCAGAAAACUUUAAGCUCUAUCAAUUAAACAUGAAUAGCGUCUUUUCGGUAACUAUGCAGUGCGGCUUAUCUGCCCUGAAAACGCGGCAUUGCUAUGUCGAUAAUGAGAAGAAUGACUCCUGUCCCGUAUGUAAAUCACCAAUGAGCGCAUUGGCUGAGAAACUACCCUUCGCUCAUUGCAGCCAUUCGAGAUUAAUCUGUAGAUUGUCCGGUGAACCUUUAAACGAACACAAUCCCCCAAUGGUUCUACCAAACGGUCACGUAUAUGGAUACAAUGCAUUAUCUGUUAUGGCUGCUGAACACGGUGGCAAAGUUGAGUGCAUAAAAACAAAGGAACGGUAUAAACUUGAAGAUGCCGAAAAAGUCUACGUAAUGUAA